AUGCUCGCAGACGCUGCCAAGCAGCCGGCUAAGCCGAGGAGCCUGAGCGCCAGCAGCAGCAUCCAGAAACUGACGGCCGCCGAGAUGCAUGAGCUUACCAGCUCGCCCGAGUCUCUGCCCAUCGCUCCGGCCCCGGCGCCCCGACACCCGUCGAGCGACUGCGGCUCGUCCGCGCCGACUUCGGCAGACGACCGACCGCCCAUCCGUGCACCUACUCGAAGACAUGCAGAUACUAGUACCAGCACCGGUAGCAACAACAACAAUAACAGCAACAACGACAACAUCGCAGCCUACCCGCAUACCGACCCGCCCAGACAGGGCGGCCGACCGUGGCAGGCGGCCGACUUUGUCCGCCAGCCGCAGUCGCCCAGGACGGCAUCUACGCCGCCCUCCAGCCGAUCGCACGACAUGACGGCCUCACGCAGCCCCAGACGCUACUCGCUCAACCCGUCUGCUCGACCUAAUCCUCUCGGCCUGGGGCUCGAGGGGGUGAGGGUCUCCGCUGCCGCCGCCGCCGCCGUCGACACGCUUACCACGCCCGCACCGACGGAUGCUAUGGUCCCCCCCCCGCCGCCGUCGCCGAGGCUGAAUCAGAUCCCCCUCCCGCCCAUGUCCAUCCCCACGCACCUGCAGCUGGAGAUUGCCGCGUCGAGACCCAGCCCGCUGUACAUCUACCACCCGCACACCAACGACAUACCCUACGAGUCGAGCGCCGUCAAGUUCGAGCGCCUCAAGAACGUGCUGCUCCUGCCGACGUACCUGGAGCGGACGCUGUACUUUGGCGCCCUGGCGUGCCUGGAUGCCUGGCUGUACACGUUCACCAUCCUGCCCAUCCGCUUCGUCAUGGCCGUGGGCAUCCUGGUCAAGUGGUGGGGGUAUGUCAUCGGCAAGGAGACCAAGUGGCUCGUGUCGUACGUGUGGCGUGGCCUGGGCCGUCUGAGGGAGAGGGGCCGUCGUCACAAGCCUUCCAGGGGACCCGAUGGCAGGACUGGGACGACGGAGAGGUCGCGCAGCGCCAGUACGGCCAGCGACUUCUCCGAAUUCUCCGUCGACCCGGACGGGGCGAUGCCACGCGAGCGCUUCCCCGGUCGGGCCCCGUCGCUGCACCUGCGGCAAAACGGGCAGGCCAGAACGGGCAACGCCAACGCCAACGGCAACGCCAACAACAGUCAGGGUCAGGGCCACGGCUCUAAUAAUCAUGGUAAUAACAAUGCCAACAAGCCGAAACAUAGGGACGGCAUCUUCCGCCACAAGAGGACCAAGUCGAUGCCCUCGGGGCUGACGGCGUUCCACAAGGCGGACCUGCUGCAGGGCGCCGUCAUCAUCUGCAGCUCCAUGGCGCUGAUGACGCUCGACGCCAGCCGCAUGUACCACUUCAUCCGCGCGCAGUCGGCCAUCAAGCUGUACGUCAUCUACAACAUCCUCGAGGUGGGCGACCGGCUGCUGUCGGCCCUGGGCCAGGACAUACUGGAGUGCCUGUUCAGCAACGAGACGCUGUCGCGCAACCCGUCGGGCCGGUCCAAGGUGCUCCUCCCGCUGGGUAUGUUCGUGCUCGCCCUGGCGUACAACUGCCUGCACUCCAUCGCCCUCUACUACCAGGUCAUCACGCUCAACGUGGCCGUCAACUCGUACUCGAACGCGCUGCUCACCCUGCUCCUGUCCAACCAGUUUGUCGAGAUCAAGAGCACCGUCUUCAAGCGCUUUGAAAAGGACAAUCUGUUCCAGCUCACCUGCGCCGACAUCGUCGAGAGGUUCCAGCUGUGGAUCAUGCUCUUCAUCAUCGGCAUGCGCAACUUCGUCGAGGUCGGCGGCCUGUCCGUGCCCGGGACGUCGUCCGACUACAUCGACGACGAGGGCCCGUCGUCGUCGUUUGGCAGCUCCUCCUCCCCCCCGCUCCACAACUCGUCUAUCCUGCCCCACAGCUUCACCUUGCUCCCUUCCUGGCUCGUCUCGGGAGAGGUGCUCUCGCCUUUCCUCAUCGUCAUCGGCAGCGAGAUGCUGGUCGAUACCAUCAAGCAUGCGUACGUCACUAAGUUUAACAAUAUCAAGCCCAACUUUUACAGCCGUAUCCUCGACAUUCUCUGUAAGGAUUACUACACCAACGCCUUUAUGACUCCGUCUCUGACUCGACGUCUGGGACUGGCCGUCAUUCCCCUGUCAUGCCUGUUCAUCCGUGCUUCCUUCCAGACGUACCACAUGUUCCUGUCGACGCACCUCUCGAUGCCGGUACCGCCGUCGACCCAGACCUCGCUGAGCGAGGAAUCGGCCGUGCCGUCGUCGCCGGCCAUGAUCGCGGCCCUGAACCGCUUCGACUCCCUGAUCCGCGACUCCCUAGGCCGCGCGACCUACGGCUACCCCUACGGGUCACCCCUGAACUCGCGCCCCUGGUACUCCUGGACGUCGGACGACGCCAUCGCCGCCGUCACGAUGAUCACGUUCUUCUUCAUCGCUUUCCUCGUCCUGCUCAUCCUCAAGCUCCUCCUCGGCAUGGUCCUGCUCAAGUACGCCCGGUCGCGGUACGCGCGCAUGCGCCACAAGGACGGGCUCAUCGCCGCCAACAAGGCCGAGAGGGACACGUACGAUGCCAAGGGAGGCCGAAGGGUCGGCGGCUUCGGCCACGUAGAGGUCGGAGAGGAGCGGCAGAGGUGGAUACACGCCGACGAGACCGAGGGUCUACCGGGGAGUAAAGGCCCCGGGGGGAAGAAGGUCGGCGGUGAUGAGAGGCCAAAGCCACAUGAGGAGGGCUAUAACGGGCCUUUUCGGUAUGAGAUGGUUGCCAAGAGAAUUUGGUAA